AUGCCUGGCUCAAGGAGCUCAAAGCAUGCCAAAGACUCUAUCAGGACGGCGGACACUGUGUUCGUCGAGGAUGGUGAGCUGACGGGAAUCUACUACAUUCCCAUCUCUGGUCUUCCCCACACAACGACGUGGCAACAGUUAAAGGACCACGUAAGGAGGGGAUGUGGUGUCGAAGCCGAUAAAAUUGAGGUUUAUGCUCCUCUCGGUGGAUGUGUUCGAAUCCGAGAGAGGGACAAUUUUGACAAAGCGUUCACUUUCUUAAACGGCAGUACCCUUAACGGCCGUGCCCUUUUUGCUGAUGGGAGGAACAAGGGCGGAAGGGUCAUGGUCAAGCCCACCAUCGCCGUACCUUUGACCGUUCGACCUACCGCGUCCCUAGAGACAGACCCCGCUCCAGCUUAUGGAUAUGGCUUCAGUCGAGGUGGUGCAGCCGGUGGUAUGAUGCCAGCCUUUACGAACAUGGCCAUAUCCGGGUCUCCGGCGGUUUAUGGGGCCGCGCAGCCGUAUGGAGGCCAUGUUGUGGCGCCAUAUCCUGAGACCCCGUUGAUGAUCAGUCCCUACAGCGUCGAUCCGGCAUGGAACCCCUAUGCUUCGAUUGGACAGCCCUACAACGCUCACCAAAGCUUCAGUUCAGAUUACGCUACCCGUGAUCACGGUCAAGAUGCUCAUACUCAGUCUUACGUAGCUGUUCCAAUGUAUCAUAGCCCUCCUGUCUAUCCAGAAGGAUACAACAACUACGAGGGAACCAUCGCCGCAGCCUCUACGCCUCCUAUUCCCGUCCAGGUCCAGCGCAAUAAUAGCAUCGCUAACAGUCUCGCCUCCGUGCCCAGCUUCAGCACACCAACUACCACCAUCAUCACCAACAUUGGCACACCCAAUAUCGUGAACACCGUCAAUACAGCACUGACCGCUCCCUCGCCCCCUCUCAAUGCUCGCAACCUUCCUUUUUCGUUUCCCAUCACCUCUCCUGGACCCCACCCAAUGCAGGCUCAACCUCAACAGCAACAACCACAUACGAUCCUCAUAACCGGUCUCGCAAAAAAAGAUCUCACACCGGAUAAAAUUCGUCUCCUUGUCUCUAAGCACGUCUCUGAAGUUGUCGCCGCCCAGAUACAAGGUAUCCAGAUUUCGGACAGGAAGGAAACGACACCCCUCGGAUACACAGCAUACGUGCGGUUCAAGACCAUCGAGGACGCGGAGUUGGCGGUGGCACAUCUGGAUCAAAAGCUCUUUGGGAAGUAUACCUUGGGAGUGAAGAUUUGGGUUCCUGAACGGGGGGCGGUGUUUGUCGGGGAAGAGGUUGAUAGUAGUGGCGGAGGGAGGAGAGGAGGAGGGAGGCUAAACGUGGGUGGGGCCGCAGCAGAGGGUGAUAGAAGAGGCGGGGGCGUGAAAGAGAGCGAUGAUGGAGGUGGUAGGAACGAUGAAAGCAAGAAUAGGGAUGGACCGCGCGGUAAGGGAAAGGAGAAGAGCGAUCAAGGGGCGAAGUACGCCAAGAACAAAGACAACAGCAGUAAGGAUGAUACCAGUGGGCAGAGAACGGAAUCGCAGAAAGUGCAAAUAAUCAACACGCCAUCAACAUCGACAUCGGCAACGGCACUAGCGGUACCUCCCAAACUGGGGCACAGAAGGGAAUCAACAGGCGGCGUGGUCAUUGCCCACGGAAGCUAUACGACCAACACCACCACUACUGGAGCGGCAGCGGCGGGAAAGAAGGAUAGAAGCAGUAGCCUGUCGGCUAUGUACAAGUCAGAUGUGGUGAUUGCCCGUGGGAGCUGGGCUACUACCAAGUUACCAAGAACUAGGGACAGAGAGACAGGCGACGGGACGCAGUGA